AUGGAAAGGGACCCCCGGGAGACACCGCUCGACGGGGACCUCCAUUUGGGGCUACCCCCCCAGAGGAGCUUCAAACAAAAUAACAGCUGUGGCAUCGCAGAGGGACGCCUCGUGAAAAAGGGAGUCAGUGCAGCGAAUUCUUUGGCUCAUCGUGAGGAAGAAGAAAGGGGAGAGCAUUCCCUGUAUGGAGGGUGUCACCUGGAUGGAAAUACGAGUAGGCAUCGAAAUGGCCGAAUGGCCGUUGCCAACUUGGGAAGGGGCAACUGUCUAGGAUGUGCAAACUGUCGCAGCGGAGCCGAUCAAGGGGAGUUACCAAAGUGCUGUGAGGAGGUAAAUGGAGAUCAAAACAAGAGAAGGGGUAACCGCACAUGUGAGAAGCCCCAAUGGGAUCGCUCCAAUUUGAAGAGACAAACACAACGUAGUAUUAGUGGUCUUCUUAGACGUGAGGAGAUUCCCCCCCAUUUUAAAACGUCGGAAGUUUUGCAUCACUUAGGGGAAGGGGGAGCUGGCCAAGGAGACGGUCACAGUAGCACCAGUUGGAAUGGCACUGACUACACCAACUUUGAAGACUCAGAUGAAGAGGUUGGCAGUCCUGGGGAUGGGGAGGAGGGAGUUGCCCAAGGGGUAAACUUCGGAACCACGCUGGAAAAUAUCUCCCCAAGCAACAGCCAAGCCGUUCAUAUGAUGGGGAGCGCUUUGGAACAUUAUGGAUGGAGAAGAAAAAAAAAAAAAAAAAAAAAAAAGGAUACACAAUGUAGGGAUGAGCAGGCCAGUGGGGGGGAGUCCGAGCAAGUGCUGCAUAACAUGGCCAACCAGAAGCUGACUGGCACCUCCAUCAUGCUGACCGGGGAGAAGUCCAAAUACAUUUACAAGCUGGUCCCCUUUUUUAAAAACGGGGAGGCGAGGUUCUACAUGAAUGCCUUUGCGGCGUACGACCAAGUGUGCGGGCAGUUCGGGAGGGCCCCCCGGGGGGCCCACAAAGGUGGUGCAUUCGACGAACGUGGCGAGUGCGACCAACGUAACCACCUCGGGGAGAUGCACACCAGCAUGCAGAGCGCCAUGGCCUACUUCCACCUCAUGAACGAGAGGGCGGCGGGCGCCACCCGGAAGAAGCCACCCCGCAGCAGCCCCUGCCAGGGCACCCCACAAGGGGGCCAAGUGGGCGAGGCGAUGGGUGCCCCCCCCAACAGGGCAGCGGUUAUUAGAAGUGCAAACACAAACGGGGCUCAUUUUAGGGAAGACCGCGAAGGGGAAAGCCCCCAAGUGGAGGAAAAUAAAAAUGGAGGAAUGUGUAGCCACUACACCGCGAACACCUCAGAGGAAGCAAAGUUACUGAAGCUGCUGGGUAAGCUUAAACAACCUGUGGAGGAAGGAGAGACAGAAAUCCCCCCCAGUGAAGGCCCACCUGCAUGUGUAGGAAGGGGUGGCAUGUCUUGUCGCUACCCGCAAAGGAGAAGCGGCUGUUACUCCAAAAAAAGGAACACCAGUACGCUGGGCGAUCACCGCAUCUUAGCCUUUUUGGUCAGACAGAAGCUCAUUCCAAAGUGUUACAAUAUAGUGCCCGUGUAUCGGUGCGAGGGGGAAGAGGCGGCCUCCUACUUGGCGGAGACCCCCAAAAUGGGAAGUGGGACCCCAAGUGCAGGCUCCACUGCGGGUUACGUAGCAGGGGUGAGGGGAACCAAGUCGCGUACGGAAGAGCCGCUCCUUAACGGUGGACGUGACGACGUAGCGGUGAGGAGAGAUACUCCUCGUGAAGAGGCCGAGAAGUGGAGGGUCGGGAAGAUGAGCGAUUUUGUGAAGAUGUGCCAUUUUGCGGAGGCAGUCGAAGGGACGCCAGGUGGAGACCCGCCCAAACGCACAGUCCACUUCGCGCUGAAACUGAAAAAAAUCUGCCACUCGAUAGACCACCGACACCAGAACGUGCUUGACCUCAAGCUGGGGUACAACACAUUGAAGGAUAACGACAUACAGUUUAGUGAAAGGCUGAAGGAGGAGAGCGACUCGAUUGAUUGGAGCGAAAAGGAAAAGUAUGUGAAGAGGUGGUCCAGGAUGAAGAAAAACAUACGAAGUGAGCAUCUAAAUACAAGUGAUGAGCACAUCAUAGAGCUGUCUGCGAGGGACUUGGGCCUCCCCCCCUCCUUCUUCAGCUACGACAAUCAGGAGAUUUACUGCCUUUUAAAAUCCUGGAAGCAAGAAAUUACUGCGCGUAUGACCACGCAGAGGAGGCUAGGGUUUCGUAUAUGCGCUCUGGUCUGUGGAGUGACACAGCAGGGGGUGUUGACGGACCAGGGGGUGCGGGAGUUCUACGCGGACUGCGUGGCGAAGUAUGGGUCGCUCACCGAUGGUGGUGCGGGCUGCUGUGGGAGCGAGGAUCAGCAGUGUAGCCAUGGCCGUCCUUGCCAUACAGAGCAGCAUAGCUUCAUUUGCCAUUCCCAGCAACAUCUACACCGAGACGGGGAGAGACCCCCACCCAGCAUCGACCACUGCUACGACCGCGCCCACAACAAGCUGCAAAUCAGCAGAGAUGUGGGACUCCACCUACGGGAGGAGCACGUGCUGUACGCCCUGACCUACUUUUUCAAAAGCAUCGUUUCGAUUGUUCUCCCCAAAUUGAUCAGCUUGAAAGUGUGGCUGGAAGAGCAACGCGUUUAUUCCUUCUGCUCCACCUCCUUGUUAAUAAUAUAUGACCGAAGAAACCCGCAGACGUGUGACAUCAAGUGGAUUGAUUUCACCUAUUCCUUUGACAACACGGUGUCUCCAAGUAGAUAUGAACAGAUGAAAAGUGGGAGGCUCAAUUUGGACAUCCUUUUUGGCGUAAAUAAUUUAAUUAAGUUGUGCAGAACGGUGUUUUUUGAGAGUGAAGUACCGCCAUCCCCAUCGCGUCCGUCGAGCAUUGAGAGGAAGAGGUCCCAUCUGGGGAUACACGAUGAGUUGUGA